UGGCGCGGGUUGGUUUCUUAAUUUCAGAAUUGCCCCGAAGUUUAAGUCCAGGCUGUCUAAAGAGAUUGCGAUAAAAGUUAACGUGAUCUUUCGCAUAGAAGCUUAACUUAUCUUACAAAUUGCGCUUCGAUAAAAAAAAAAGGAUUAAAGGAGAAGAGGAGGUUGAUGAAGCACGAACUCGUAGAAACUAGAUAUUCUUUUGUUUGUUCUCUACAGCACCUGCUACUUUAUUCAGUUUAUCGCGGUCACAUUUAAAUAAUGGUAAAACAUGUCGUCGGUUUUCUCGUUUGUGACAGAAUCAAACAUCCCCUCCCUUCCCUAAAUGAAAGGCUUCAAAAUUAUGUUACAAAUUUUUCAUGACCAAAUUUUUUGGACUGCGAAAUCAGAACGGAAGUCUUCUUCCGCUGUAGAUGAAUUGCCUAUGUAUUCUUUGUUUCACUGCCUUGCUGAAUCAACUUUGCGCAAAAGCGUUGAAAAGAUACGAGAAAGAAUUAGAAUUUUAACUCAGUUUUCUAUCAAGUGACAUUUUCCUGAUCGGUGAAGUAAAUUGGUGCUGCAAUAGCAAAGUGGAGGUGGCAACAGACGUUAGUACUUCAUCAGUUAACUUAACAAUGUAAAAAAUAAGGCUUUGCGUUGUUAACCUGUCGCUGUUUAAGACACGAGGUUUCCUGAUAGUUUAUCCUUUUAUUCACCUAAUCGCGGUCGAAAGUAGACUUUUCUAAGAAAAAUGCAAACAGCAUUACGUAUUAGCGUUGUGUCAGUCAAAAUACUCAUUUCAUGAGUGAAGCACUAUAUUGUUGAAAUUUGACAACUGUCGCUUCAAAAACAUGCUAACCUACGUUUUCGCCGGAGGCCCGACCAUUUGGUUCGAUUCGGCUAGUAGUUAGUUACUUUGGAAAAAAGUGACUUGUACUCAGGGGCGUGUAUUCUCUUUCCAGUCUCGAUUCCAACGCAAAAAUAUAAUUUUACAAUCGACUUCGAAUGAGAGUUAUCAAUUAUUCAAGCGCUCGCGACAGAUGUUGCUUGUUGUCUCACGUCUUGGAUACAAAACUUAUUAUUGCUUCAAACCUUUCCUCCAUUGUCUUCAUAUCUACAGCUCCAACUGUGCCAACAUAAUAUGUGAGAUAACAUGUUACUUAGUAAGGAAAGCGAUGGGUCAUCGACAGUUCAAUUUUGCCAGGAGAUGAUGAGGUUAAGCGACCACUGCGUUCAAGGUUUUAGCGACUUGUUUAUCACAAACCUCUGAGCCAGUUUGGCGCGUUUGUUGUUAAGAUCUUUUUCAGCUCAAAGUGUAAGACUACUUAUCACGCGUAGCAAAGAGAUCGUUUCGUGAUGAUCAUGGCGGCGUUCAAGAGAUGGCGCUCAAAGUACAAACGCUACAAAAACCAAAUUCCCGAACAGAUGAGGCACAGAAUCAUCCUACAUUAUGGACUAUUCAAAAUAACUUGGGAUUGGCUGAUUUUGAUUUUAGUGCUUUACACUGCUAUUGAGGUGCCGUUUGUGUCAGCUUUCAUAAUAGCGCGGGAUGAAGUUGAAAACCAUGCUGGUGGAUCCUCACUAGAUUUUUUCGAGAAGUUAAGACAGAGGUACCCUGAGGCUUAUCCACUUCUGUACACUGAUCUGAUCAUAGACUUCCUUUUCAUGAUCGACAUUGUCAUGAACUUCCGCACCACAUACGUCAAGGAAGGAGAAGUCCUCAUCACCAACCCGUGGAAGAUCGCGGUUCAUUAUUUUAAGACUUACUUUGUGGUAGAUUUUGUAGCUGCCAUCCCUUGGGACUUGCUGGCCAGCCUUAACUCUGGGACAGAGGAGAACACUAUGUUGUUUAGUCUUCUUAAAACAGCUCGACUAUUACGGCUGUUUCGUGCCGCGCGGAAGCUGGAUCGAAACUAUGAGUACAUGACGUCGUUAUUGUUCUUGAUGAUCAUGUUUUUUAUGCUGGUUGCUCAUUGGUUAGCCUGCAUUUGGUAUGCAAUCGGGCAACAAGAGGCAGUGACGUACGACGGCUUGUCCUGGCUAAGUGUUCUGGGUUAUCAGAUGGAGAAACCGAUCGAGGAUGGAGAUCCGACCAGCGGUCCCUCUCUUCGAUCCAGAUAUCUGACGUCGCUUUAUUACGUCAUGACUCUGUGUACAACUGUGGGUUUUGGUAAUGUGGCAGCAAAUACAGAUGGAGAGAGGAUUUUCUCGAUAUGCUGUAUGCUUAUGGGUGCUGUGAUGCACGCUGCUAUAUUUGGAAAUGUGACGGCCAUCAUUCACGGCCAGUACUCAAGUAACUUUCGAUAUCGCAAGGAGUCUCUACAGAUCAACGAAUUCAUUCGCUAUUUUAAGAUUAAAAAUCCGCUGGCUAGAAGGCUCAGGGAUUAUUCGCGCCACACUUGGUCUCAAACCAAAGGAACAGACAUGGCAAGGGUCCUUCAAAAGUUUCCGGAUGGUCUUCAAUACGAAGUUCACCUUCACAUGCACCUUACUGUUCUGUCUCACUCAUUUCUCUUCCAAAAUUUCGAAGAUGGCUGCUUGAGAGCGCUUUCGAAGAAGAUGCACCGACAUCAUCACCUUCCUGGCCACCAAAUUCUACACGAGGGUGAUGAUGUCGAUUCUGUGCAUCUUGUCAGGCGGGGGAAAAUCGACAUCAUGAUGUACAGCGAAACACGUGGAAGAAUGCGGGAAGGAGAUGCAUACGGUGCCAGUUUAAGGCAAAUUUCUUCUCGUCCACGGGCUGUAGUGACCUUACGAGCGUCAACAUGCGUGGACUGUCAUGUGAUAAAGCUCAAAGAUCUGGCAGACAUAUUGAGGUCAUAUCCUAACCUACGCUCUCAGCUACUGAGAAUGAUGGACGCUGCUGAUCAAAAUGAUCUGUAUGAUGAGGGCGUUGCAAAUGAAAAUGGUAAUGGAGGCGUUUACGAAGCUGGAAAGAAUGGGUCAGGGUUGAGGAAAUCAUCUUGUAAGCACAAGAAAAACUCAUUGAUGGUGGAUCACGAAUUUGAAAUGAAACCAAUGCUAGGCGUUCGAAGCAGUAAGUUGCUAGAAAAAAAACCUCCUCACAGUUCGGAAGAGCGGCUCGGCAAUGGAGACUUAAACAAGUACAAGAGUAUUUCUAUAGAAGAUAACACCUCCAAUGAAACAAUUGGGCGUUUUAUCAACGUAACGCAGUUAGUUAACAUCGAAAUGGAAUCGCCUGAUGAUGUAAAUGAAAAUGUUAGAACUAGUGAAGAAGAUGAGGAGGAGGAUGAAAUUAUCAAGAAGGAUUUUACAGAGGAAGCUCCACAGCAUAAAAUAAGUUUAGCGAAGUCGACCUGCUCUGACUGUAAAACUGAGUUUAGGCCUUCGAGAAAAGCGAACUUUGAGGAACGUUUCGAGGAAAUGGCUACUAAUAUGCAGAGACUAGAAAGCAGAGUGGAGGCUCUGAUAUCUCUUUUAGAGAGAACUGGAAAUAGUAAUGCGCCGCCAGGAGGUUCUAAAGAGGAAACGAAAGGUAAUUUUUCUGUGACGUCUGUCUGAUUUUGGAUUUGUUAGAAUCUCGCGACUUCACGAAGUCAAAACGUUUUCCUUCGCCUUUGGAAUCGAGUGCUGAAUCAUUUGUCCAAUGGCAAGCUAAGAGAAGAAACUGUUCUUCCCCUACAGAGAAUAUUGAUGGAAUUACACAGGCAUAUAGAAAUUACUACGACUACUAAGGGAGCAGUAAAUUUCGGCAAACCAAAAAAACUUACACAAAGUACAAGGUAGUUUCUGUACUUUAAGUAUGUUCCAAAAUAAUGCACUUUUUGUGAUGCAGGUAAAAGUAACUUCAAUAGACAAUUGUUUCAUGCGAAAAGUCCAGAAGCAAAGUAACACGUAGGCAAUAUUAGCGUACAUGCAAACUUUGAAAUUCUGAUACGUUUUGUACUGCCUUGAAUAGUUUUAGAGAUCCUUUCGACUCCAGGACAAACACGAAAACACGCUCGAGGUCUUAAUACAAACUUUUAGGGAAAUAAUUGAAAAAAAAUAUUCUAUGUCGAGCUUCAUUGCGCUCAGUAAGCAGUUUCGGUAUCUUGCAUUCGCCUCGAUGCUAUUUUCGCGGAAUUCGUCCAAUGAUGUUGACGACCAUUCCCGCUAAAACUGUUAACACAAGUUCGUACACACUCACUGUUCCACUUGUGGAAAAUCUGUGAACUCACGGUCAUUCUCAUCUUAGAAUCUAAUGCUUUCUGUGCCCUUUGAUAGUUUUCUAUAAAAGGAAAGCAGUAAUCAAUGUUGAAUCAAUAAUGGCACAGCAACAAAUGACCUGCAGGCCUAUUGUUUACCAAAGGGUUCUGUCAAGUGCAAUGCGGAAAAUUUUUACCAAAAAAUUAUCAUUUCAAUCAGCAAUUUAAUUAACUAUUUCAAGGAACGCGUUUCUAUCCAGAAAAUUAUCUAUCCUCUUCACAUUCGUAGAAACUUUCUGAGAAUUUUUCAAGUAAUUGUCCUUUUUGUAAAAAAUGUAACCAAAGGUUUUUGUCCCGUUUGUUUUUAUGCUUGUAAUAAACAAUCAGCGGAACUGAGAACUUAAACAAAAAAACACGUAUAUGCGAACUUGGUCCAAUGAAUGGUCAAAAUAGCGCAGGUAUGUAAAGGAUUUGUCUUAAUUAAAGAAGUCCUGAGAAAAGAAUUACGAUGUAAUUUGAUCACUAACUGUUUCUUUGGCAAUUAUUAGUUAUUGAUUAUCAGUAAUUCAUUCAAAUUAUAACAAUAAACUAGUUUUGUAUGCACCCCGUUUUUCAAAGAAUUGUGAAAGAAACUAUUCUUUAACCUUUUUCUUCUUGCAAACGAUUGCUACCUAACAUAACGUCAUUGUUUUCUUUUAUGAUUUCUCACGAUCAAAGCUAGUUUUGACGCUCAAUUUUAAGCCGUCUUAAAAAACAAAAUGCUAAUUUGUAGAAUGUGUAAAUAAUAAUUUUGUACCAUUAGAGCAGUUUUGGAAAACCUGUUGAACAGUAUCUAUUUAUUACCAAAGUCAAGAAUUUGUAUUACAUCAGCUUAACAUAAAAGUAGUCGUUCAAUAAAGACUGAGUGGAAUA